AUGUCUACCUCGAACCUCUCUCGCUCUGUCAGCCCAGAUCAUGGCAGCACCCCAUCUUUCUCCCCUCCACCUUCCGAGACCCAACAGCUCGCAGCAGCCCUAACCCUGAAGACCGGCCGCGAAGUCCUCUCCCACUGUCUCGGUCUCUCCACACUCGAAGGCGUACCCUCGGCUGCCGAAAACAUGAUCGUCGUAAGCUUCGACACCGAGAGUUGGGUUGCCGACCACGGCCGACUCACCGAGCUUGGUGUCUCGACCUUCGACUCUCGGCAUACGCGUGGACUGAAGGAGUCUGGUAUGCAUGGAGAGAACCUGCUUAGGCAGGUUUAUUUCUACCAUGCGCGGAUCUUGGAGAACGCAUAUCUGCGUAAUAUCAAGUACUGUGUUGGCGAUCCUGACAAGAACCACUAUGGUCAGACUCGCUUCUUGACCAAGAGUCAGACCAAGGAGAUGCUCGAGGAAACGUUCCAGUGGCCUGUCGAUAAGCAAAAUCCAGAGUUGGGUUUCUGUCCCGUUGUGGUGUUGGGCCAUGCUCUCCAUGGUGAUAUGGCGAUGCUGAAAUCCACAUUGGGCUUCGAUGCCAUGGCUUUGGGUACGGUGGUUAAGGUCAUCGAUACUCAGAAUUUGGCCAAGGAGUGCGAAUACGCCCCUUCUGGCAACGGCAAUCAGAUCGGUCUGGGUAAUCUCGUUGCCAAAUGCAGUUUCGAAUAUCGAGAUCCGCAUACCGCUGGCAACGACGCGGCUAUGACGCUCAUCUCUGCUGUUCAGAUGCUGCUUCCUUCCGAGUUGAAGCCAGAUGACGGGGGCCUGCAGAAGGUUGUUGACAACAUCGAGGUGGAUAGCCAGUGGCAAGAAUGGGAUUGGGGUGAUGAUCAGUGGUGUCUUCGGUGCGGCCAAUACGGUCACACGAGGGACGACUAUCGCGGCAAGCGUUGUUUCGCCAAGGUCAAGUGUAGCCACUGUACUGCUUCUCAGGUUGCGAAACGCAGGCAGGCCGCGGGUAGUCAUCGAACGGAGUGCUGCAUCUCUUAUGCGAUGCGUGGGUCGGAAGUGGUUCCUACAGUCGAGACUACGGCUACCGCUCUCGCUGGCUUGGAUCUCGCAAGCGACAAUUGGUAG